AUGCCGUUUGGACUCAAGAAAGGCGAGAAGGGCGGCGACCUCGAAAAGCAGAAGUCGUCGCUCUUCGGCAGCGGCAGCCGCUCCAAGGCGUCUAAAUCCGCUUCUCCAGCGCCCGCUUCCAACAACCCCUACGCUGUCCCACCACCGGGGAACGACCCAUAUGCCAAUCGCGGCAACGCAAACCCGUAUGCCUCGCAGGCGCCUCCCCAGAAUGAUCCGUACAUGCGAAGUCAGAGCAGCCUCACACAACCUCCAACAAGCUCGUUCGGAAGCCUCACCUUGAACGAGAGUAGGAAAGAGCAGCCACCUGGCUAUGCCAGUGGAGGAUACGGUGCCGGCAAUGGACCUGCGCCAAAUCGACAGGAGAAGAGUCCUGUACCAACCGGGGGAUAUGGUGGUGCGCCAUCACGAUUCCAGAGCCAAGGCAAUUCGUACGGCCAAACUGGUGGUUAUGGGAGCGAUCCAUACGGCACUGGUAACUCUGGCCCGUCGAGAUACGGUGCUGGUGGAUAUGGCGGACUAGCAAGGACAAACAGCAACGAGACAAUGGGCACAGAUGCUGGCAGAAAUGCCCUCUUCGGCGAUGCUGCGGAUAGAGCCGCGAACAGACCGCCGCAGGAUUUGCAACAACCGGGCGAAGAUACAAGCUACAGCAAUACGGGAGGCUACGACUCGACUGAAAUGCCCGGUGGGUACGGUGCGGGCCCUGCCAGAGAGCUCACCGCCGAGGAGCAGGAAGAAGAGGACGUGAAUGCCGCAAAGCAGGAGAUCAGAUUCAUCAAGCAGCAAGACGUAUCCUCCACCCGAAACGCUCGUCGUGUCGCUGAGCAGGCGGAGCAGACGGGUCGCGAAACGCUUGCCAGACUCGGAGCACAGGGAGAGCGAAUCCACAACACCGAGCGUAACCUGGACAUGGCUUCCAACCAGAACCGCCUGGCUGAGGAGAAGGCCCGCGAAUUGAAGACCUUGAACCGGUCGAUGUUUGCGGUCCACGUCGCAAACCCAUUUACGGCGAAGAAGCGUGAAGAGGCCGCCAACGCCAUUGCGUUGGAGAAACACCAACGCGAGCGUGACCAACGUGACACUACGAGAGCAAACGCCUAUGAGUCAGAAGCGAGGAAACAGCAGCAGCAGAGAGAUCUCAACGGCAACGUCAUCCGCCAGAAUAAUCAGAGAAGCCUUGCGGAUCGUGCCAAGUAUCAAUUCGAGGCGGACAGCGAAGACGACGAGAUGGAGAAUGAGAUUGACGACAACUUGUACGUUGAUUCGAAGGUGUCGAGGAGCUUGAUCGCUAACAGUCAUACAGGGAUGCCAUCCACCGUGGCGCGCGAACGCUCAACCAACUUGGCAAGGCCAUGGGAAGUGAGAUUGACAGCCAGAACAAGCACAUCGAUCGUAUCAUCAACAAGACGGACAAGGUGGACGACCAGAUCGCAGUUAACAGGGCGCGUUUGGACCGCAUUAGAUAA